UCAGUUUGUAAAUGGGGUUUAAUUCAUUUAACGAAUGUGCAUGCGCUCUACUCCAAAAAUAGUUACUCCGCUCUAUUGCAAUGCAAUACAUGUUUUCAUUCCUAAAAUUUUCAUUUUUUAAUACAACCAGCGACUUUGAUAGUCGAUUAAAUAAUUAUUAAUAUGUAUGUAUAUAUAAACAUAUAAAUAUAUUUGAUUAAAUGUUAAUUAGUCAAGGAAUAUUGGCAUUGCCUCGGUGCAAUCGCUGCAGGGAAAAACUACAAGUUACAAUUAUUAGGAAUAAUCCGGGGAAUAGCGAUGAAGUCUAUUAAAUUGUCAUCGGGAUAUGAGAUGCCAACAGUUGGCCUUGGCACGUGGCAGACUAAACCUGAAGAGGUCGAAUAUGCUGUGACAACAGCUCUGCAUUUUGGAUAUCGACACUUUGACACAGCAUUCAAUUACAAAAAUGAAGAAGCUGUUGGUAACAGUUUGAAAAAAUGGUUUGCUGAAGGUGGUAAAAGAGAAGAUGUCUUUGUCACGACCAAAUUGCCACAUUUUGGAAACCGACCAUCAGAUGUAGAGAAAUAUGUCAAGAUGUCAUUGCAAAAUCUUGGAUUAGAUUAUAUAGAUAUGUACUUGAUUCACAUGCCUUUUGCCUUUUUAUGUGAUAAAACUGGCCUUGCACCUGUUAUUAAUGAGGAUGGAAGUUACAAAUUGGAUUUGGAUACUGACCCUGUCUCUGUUUGGAAGGAAAUGGAGAAGCAAGUGAAAGCUGGACGACUAAAGUCUAUUGGGAUGAGUAAUUUUAAUGAGGACCAAAUACUAGAUGUGUGGAAUAAAUCUGAAAUAAAACCCAGCAAUGUCCAGGUCGAGCUGCAUGCGUAUCAUCAGCAGAAACCACUGAGAGAGUUUUGCAAAACUCUUGAUAUCGCAGUGACUGCUUACAGUCCAUUAGCUUCACCUGGAUCCAAAGAAUACUUUCAAUCGAAAUACAAUUACAGUCCUGGCCAAUUUCCAGAUUUGCUGCGACAUCCGGUCGUUCAAAAAAUCGCAAACGCUCAUGAUAAAUCGACGGGACAAGUUUUGCUGAGAUACGCGGUACAAAUAGGAGUGAUAGUCAUUCCAAAGAGCACUGAUUACGAUAGAAUUAAAGCAAACAUUGAUAUUUUUGACUUUGAGCUGACUGCUGAGGAAGUUAAAGAUCUAGAAGCUCUGGAUCAAGGACCUCAUGGUCGAAUCUUUACAUUUUUAUUCUUCAAAGGAGUUGAAAAUCAUCCACAAUAUCCGUUUAAAUAUUUACUCCAGGAGGAUAACAAGACAUCAGCGGCCAUUUAAAAUAAUUUUAAAAAAUUCACUUCUUUUAUUGGCACAAAAAAUUGAAAUUUAUUGUCGGC